AAAAAAAAAGCGCCAUUUAUGCCACAUCAGAAGGAAAUGCCUCGUAGACAUCCAGGGGAGGUAUCUUGUGGAUGGCCGGGGGUGAGGGUCUGGGGUUCGGGGGAGAGGGCCGGGCUGCAGACAAACAUCUGGCGGGCCUCAGCAUACAGUUGCACUUCAAGCCCUGAAUCAGCUCAGCUGGGAGCAGGUGCAGAUGCCCACGGACCAAGGAAUGAGCCUGGGAAGCAGAGCGAGGGGAGGAAAACCAGGGUUGGGGCAAGGGGGGCCCUCCUGGAGGCUGAGGGCACAAAGCACUGCCAGGCGCAGGAAGCAGUGGGCCAGGGGAGAUAAGGCCUCUGUGAUGGGAAUUUUUUAAAAAUUUCUUCUCCAGCUUGUCUUUUGUCUUUGUUUAUGGUGUUUUAUCUUCUUAACAAUGUGCAUUUCUCUAUGCCUCAGUAACAGUCUGGGUUCUGUCGGGCCUCUGGCUCCAAGCCCCGGUCCAGGGUUACGUGGGCCCACGCGGAGCCUUUGGGUGCCCCCAGCAGGGGUGCGCGCCUCAGGGGAGGGCGUGAGCCCAGGUGGAGCGGUCAGGCCAGGGUGCCUGAGCCGAGGGAGGACACUGGGGUCAGAGGCCCCACGGGGUGGGGGAGGGGAGCAGAUGUCCACCUCCUUUGGGCCUCUGUUUCCCCAUUUGUAACUGGGGUUUAAAUUCUGGUUUCUUUGAGGUGCUGGGGAGAAUUUCUGGGUGGGAGGGGAGAGGCCACCUCCAGUGGGCUGUGCGGGGCCAGCCUGAGGACAGGGUCAUUUCCCUGACCCAGGCCAGUGUGAGAAGCACCUCAGAGCCAAAGGGCCCACCUCUUGCUGCCCAUGGAUAGAUGUGGGAUCUGAGGCCGGAGAGCUUCCCCAUAGACACAGGGGCCCUGGGAGGGACUGUGGGACCCAUCAGCCCACACCCCGAGCCCUGAGAGCAGGACAGGAGCCUGGGGUCACCUAAAAUAGUCCAGUCUUUUUUUAAUAAUCUUUAUGUAUUGAAAUAUAGUUUAUAUAUAAUAUCAUACUGGUUUCAGAUGAACAACUUACUGAUUCACCAAUCAUAUACAUUAUUAAAUGCUCACCCUGAUAAGUGCAGUUUGAAGAAGUCCAGUCUUAAAGGGGUUGGAGGCCAGUGUGUCCCCAGUGAGACAGGGAGUGGAGGAUACAUAGGGCUGGGUUCCCGGGGCUGCUGAGAGGGACCCGGGGGCUGGCCGAGGCCUGGUUCUGCCUGUUGCAGAUGAACCUGGGCUGCUGACCUGGAAAUAACGGCAGCAGAAACCGUGCAAACUGAGGAGCAGCCUGUACAUAUGGGGAGGUAUAAAUGGCGUCACAAUUUGCAGUGCAGAGAGUUGUGCACCUGUGAGCAGCUGGAUGCAAGGGGGCAGCCCGGUGUGGUCUCCCACCUAACCCGUGGCUGGUGGCUGGUGGGCCAGUCAUCUGUCACCAUUCCCCUGGGAAUGCCAGGUUGGGGGCUGGGGCCGGGUCCCCCACGCUGUGCCAUGUUCCCUAGAGCCAUCCUCCAGCGGCACGGCUCAUCCGUGGAUGCUGCCAUCGCAGCGCUGGUCUGCACCGGGGCUGUCAACCCUCAGAGCAUGGGCCUGGGCGGAGGCGUCAUCUUCACCAUCUUCAACGUGACCACAGGGAAGGUGGAGGUCAUCAAUGCCAGGGAGACGGUGCCCAACAGCUAUGUCCCGGGUCUGCUGGAGCAGUGCGAGCAGGCCCAGCCACUGGGCACAGGGGCCCAGUGGGUCGGGGUGCCCGGGGAGCUCCGUGGCUACGCCGAGGCCCACCGCCGCCACGGCCGCCUGCCCUGGGCACAGCUGUUCCAGCCCACCAUCGCACUGCUCCGAGGGGGCUACCACAUGCCCCCCAUCCUCAGUCACUUCCUGCAGAAUGACCUCCUGCGGCCUUCCUUGUAUAAGUCGUCCUUGAGGCAGCUCUUCUUCAAUGGGACAGAACCCCUGAGGCCUCAGGACCCAUUCCCUUGGCCCGCGCUGGCCACGACCCUGGAGACUGUGGCCACGGAGGGCGCAGAGGCCUUCUACAGAGGGAGGCUGGGCCAGACACUGCUGGACGACAUUGCCAGGGAAGGCAGCCGGCUGACCCUGCAGGACCUGGCAUCGUUCCAGCCACAAGUGGUGGAUGCCCUGGCGGUGCCCCUGGGAGACUAUACCCUGUACUCACCACCACCGCCCGCGGGGGGCGCAAUUCUCAGCUUCAUCCUCAAUGUCCUCAAAGGGUUCAACUUCUCCUCCGAGUCGGUGGCCAGGCCAGAGGGGAGCGUGAACUUGUACCAUCACCUUGUGGAGACGCUCAAGUUUGCUGGGGGACAGAGGUGGCGACUGUGGGACCCUCGCAGCCACCUGGAAGUGCAGAACGCCUCCCAGGACCUGCUGGGGGAGGCUCUAGCCCAGCACAUCCGCCAGCAGAUCGAUGCCCGGGGUGACCACCAGCUUAGCCACUACAACCUGGCUGGGGCCGGGGGCCCCAGGAUGGGCACAGCGCACGUGUCCGUGCUGGGGGAGGACGGCAGCGCUGUGGCCGCCACCAGCACCAUCAACACGCCCUUCGGCGCGAUGGUGUACUCACCGCACACAGGCAUCCUCCUCAACAACGAGCUCCUGGACCUGUGCUGGAGGCAGCGGCCGGGCUCUGGAGUCGCCCCGCCCCCCGUUCCAGGUGAGCGGCCCCCAUCAUCCAUGGUCCCCUCCAUCCUGGUCAAUGCAGCCCAGGGGUCGAAGCUGGUGAUUGGUGGGGCUGGAGGGGAGCUCAUCACCUCUGCUGUGGCCCAGGCCAUUAUAAACAAGCUGUGGCUUGGCUUUGACCUGCGAGCAGCCAUUGUAGCCCCCAUCCUGCAUGUCGACGACAAGGGCCAGGUGGAAUACGAGCCCGGCUUCAGCCAGGAGGUACAGAAGGGGCUCCAGGCCCGGGGCCAGAACCAGACCAGGAGGCUCUUCUUCCUGAACGUGGUCCAGGCCGUGUCCCAGGAGGGGGCCUGUGUGCAUGCUGUGGCUGACCCCAGGAAGGGCGGCGAGGCCUCCGGCUACUGAGGAGCGCGCCCGAGGGCCGGGGCUGGCCGCCAGCACGUGUCCAGGCUAGCUUUGGCCAUGAAAUGAGGGUCUGGACCCUUUGCUGAGGGCCCCCCCACCCGCUCUGUAGACCCUUGAGUCCACAAUUAAAGAGGAGGCUGCAGCACAGCCUGCUUAGGGGGCUGGGUGGGGGAAGGGGCAGCACAAGCCCGCAGCCCUGAGGUCCUGCCCAGGGACCCGCCGCGGCCGGGGGACAGCAGGCUGGCCAGGGGCUGCGCCCCCACUGCUUCUUUGGCUUGGCUGCGUGGGGCUCACCCGUGGGUGGGGAGGCAGGGGUGUGGCUUGGGGGCCCCUGCCCCUGACUCACAGGGUGCUUGGCUGAGGCCUGUCUCUGGGCCUCGUCCUCCAGGCUAGGAGAAGGUUGGAUGAGGGGGCACCUCAGCCCCCAGCCCCAACAACAGCCAUGUUCUCGCUGUUGACCUUUGGAGUGGAACACCCAUUGCUGGGGAGCUCCUGCUGUCCUCCCCCUGCAGGGUGCUAAGCAGCAUCUCUGGCCUCUACCUGCGAGAUGCAGCAGCCACCAUCCCCCCGCCCCCCGCCAGCAGCCACAGCACCCCAAGAUGAGAACCACUGCUCUGGACCGACGAGCCUCCAACCGCUGUGACGGGCUCUGCCAGCUCCUGCGUGGGCCACCCUCCCUGGGCAGACCCCUCUGGACUGGCCUGGGCGUCCUCGUCCACACUGGUUCCUGGGAGCAUCUGCUGUUCCCCAGACGUUCAGUGUCACAACAUCAGGAUUCUGGGAGAAAGAUCCAGAAACAUUCCCACUGCACAUGAUGCUCCCUGACGGCUCGGCAGCCCCCGGAGGGCUACGCCUGGGGGCGCUCGGCCUUCACCUUCUGACGCCAGCACUUCUCAGCGAGCUACUGUGGACUGUCUCAUAUUGUAGCUUUUAGAGAAGAGAGGAGCGCCGCUUAGCCAAGAACAUCGUGGCUCGUAAAAUACACGUGGCCGGGUACUGCCUUCCAUUCAACUAUUUUAAGUUUGUUUUCUCACACUGAGUGCCUGCUGCUCCCAAAUAUGCAAGAAUAACUUUUACACUUCCCUCCUCCAACACUUGUUGAUUGGCUUUGCAGAAAUAAAGGUUUAAAAUAAAAUUAAAAACGAAAAUUGAAAUAGUGAA